CCGCCUCCCCAGCUUCUGGAUGUCCCUUCAGGUCUUGUGGUCUUAGCUGUAAAAGACGAAGAGCCUGGGGGCGUUUCUGAUCCCACAGUAUGGAGGAAGGGAGAGGCGAUAACUUCGAGGGUGUGAGCACCGACCCCCUUAAAAUGGAGUUACUGGAAGAAAUCCGUUUGAAGGAUAUAGUGCAACUAUCAAUGCUUGAAAUAAGACACAAGAUAGCGGAACUGGAAGCCAAACUCAAUACUGAUGAUGAAGGUGGUGAAUGGAAAGUUCGUUAUGAGACACAACUUGAACUGAAUGAUCAACUAGAAAAGCAAAUUGUUUCUCUAGAAGAUAAAAUGGAAAAAAUCCGUGGAAAUUCUCAAGAUAGAUUGUCUUGUGUUUAUGAACAAAUGCCAGUGGAAUACUUAAAUACAUUACUUAAACAGCUAGAAAAAGAGAAAAGAAGCCUUGAAAAUCAAGUGAAAGACUGUGCACUGAGACUGGAACAAGAAUUAAGGGCUUACCACAAGACCAAUGAUGAGUGCUGUAGGUACCUAGCUGAAAUGUCUCGGGUCUCUGACUCAUACCAAGUUUUUAAAAGGCAACAGAUGGAUCAACUGCCUAGAAUGAAAGAGAAUCUAGUGAAAAUGGGAAGAUAUAAACCAGUUAACCAAAAGACAAUGAAUGCCAAGAGAGGACCAGUAAAAAAGAUUACAAGAUCAAACCAUCUUCCAAAACUCAAUCUGUAAUUCUAAAACUGGGCGGAUUUCUAUUUCUUUCCUAUUUUCAUCUGUAAUAUUCAACUUGUGAAGUUAAUGUUUAACUCAUUUUUCAGGGAAUGAAAUAGAUAAGAAAGAGCUAUCAAACUUCUUUUUAGCUCCUUUUCCAGAAGUUUAUUCCUUUGUCUGCAUGAAAGUAAUUUUCUAAGUGAUCUUAAAAUAUCUAAUAGCAUUGCCUAUGAUUUUAAAAAUAUCAUAGAAAUCCUGAAGGUUGGCACUAUUAAACUUACUUUUAAUAAUAUAUCCAUAAUCUAUGCUGAUAGUAACAUUGUUGUAUUAUAUUUGGUUUCUAGUUGACUAGAAAUGUGAAUAAUGUGAAUUCAUGAAAACAUUUUGCUGUUAUAGGCCAUAUCAUGUUCAGGUCUUUUAAACUUAUGGUUUAAACAAAACUAC